AUGGUUGAGAGAAUCUCCAUAUUCCUCAAGAAUGCACAAGCGAAAGAGUCAGUGUGGGUGGUGUCCAUUGGUGUCAGAAUCCUUGUUUUAAUUAUGCCCUCACUCAGUCCCUACACCAGGUAUGCCACCAUGAUCAACAAGGUCACACCUGACAAUCCUGCACCUGUUCCGGAUAAUGGGAACACACUUGACGUGCCUAGUCACUCCCAGGACCCUCACUUGGAAUGGCUAGAGAUCCUGGGAAUACUCCUAACUGAUGGAAGAGGCCUCUCCCCUGUUGCCCCUCUAAUAAAAAUGGAAAGGGAGCCAAUUUGCUAA